AUGGCCUCGCCCACGGUCGCCUCCCCGAGCCGGGCGAGCCCCACCGACAUCCCCACCGCCGCGCCCUCGCCCGCCUCCCCGCCGCGGCGGCUCGCGUCGGCGCCGCCCGCCGUCGACGCGUCCGGGUCCUCCUCCCCGGCCUCCACCCACUCCGGGGACCAGCUCUCCGCCCCCGACGCCUUGAGCCCGCUGCUCGCGAGCAGGAGCGAGGAGUACAGGCUUCUGUUCCGGCUGCCGCCCGACGAGGUUUUCGUGCAAGAUUUUAACUGCGCUCUCCAAGAAAAUAUCCUUCUUCAGGGGCAUAUGUAUUUAUUUCUUCACCAUAUAUGCUUCUACUCUAACAUAUUUGGAUAUGAGACAAAGAAAACAAUACCUUUGCAAGAGGUAACUGAUGUUCGUAAAGCAAAGACAGCUGCCAUUUUUUCUAAUGCCAUUGAAAUUGUUGCUGGUACUAGAAGGCACUUUUUUGGAUCGUUCUUGUCACGUGAUGAAGCCUAUCGAAUUAUAGUAGAUGGCUGGGAACAACAUGUUAGUGAUGCAAGAUUGCUCCUUGAACGUCAGGAGACAAAGUCAGUUAGUAGCAGUGAAGAAAAUGGUUAUGUUUUAUUGGAAGGAGCAAAGGAAUCUAAACAAGAUGAAGAUUCAUCACCACCGGACAGGUCUGUCGAUAGUACAGCUGUCUCUAGUAGUGCUGAUGGUGGUGAUUCAACAUCAACAUUUCCAAAAGUACCUGAAUCUUACACUAUGAUCACGGAGUCAAAGUUUCAGGUGCCUGUGGAGGUUCUCUUUAAUUUUUUAUUGUCUGAUGGUGCUUUUGGCUAUGUGGAUGAUUUCCACAAAAAAUGUGGUGACAAAGAAUUUAGUUGCUCGAAAUGGCGUACAGAUGAGCAAGGGGGACUUGUAAGGGAUGUCUCAUUUUUGCAUCCGAUAAAAAUUUAUCUCGGUGCAAAAUUUGGGACUUGUCAAGAGGUUCAGAAACUUCGUCUUUACAAAAACAGGCAUCUAAUGAUUCAAACCUCUCAGUCAAUAGGUGAUGCCCCAUAUGGGGACCAUUUCACUGUAGAGGGCAUCUGGGAUGUCGAACAGGAUAGCCUAGAUGAGAACUGUUGUGACCUCAGGAUAUAUAUUAAUGUAGCCUUCUCAAAGAAAACGAUAUUUAGAGGAAAAAUAGAGCAGUCAACAAAAGAUGAAUGCCGUGAAGUUUUCAGUCUCUGGAUUAAGCUUGGUCAUGAUCUUUUGAAGCAGGAAUAUGAUCGAUCAAAAGGCACCUCCAGCACAGCUGAUUCUGGUGUUCAACCAGGGGCUACAACAAACGAGGAAAAUACCGUGGAAGUACAAGUUCCAGUGGUGAGUUCCUCACAGGAUGAAUCUGGUGCGAGAAGCCUCAUUCCUCCUAUUCAAGAUCACCAGCAGAGAACAGGGAGAGAUUCUUCCAUCGUGUCCACUUCACAAGAAUUGUGGGGUUCACUAACGUCAUACAUGAGAUCGAGCCAACUUGGUCCAGUACUAGCAGUGGUACUGGUGGCUAUCAUUAUCCUAAUGCAGGUGACCAUCAUAGUUCUGCUAACUAGAUCCCCCCAGGUCCAAAUGGCUCCUCAUGGGAUCACGGGCAGUUUAGGGUACAGCAAAGAAAGCAUGGAGUGGGUGCAGAAGCGCCUCAGCUUACUAAGCGAGGAGAUGCAGGUAGCGGAGGCGCACAUGGAGAAGAUGAGGCACGAGUUUGCCUGGCUCAGGUCUUACCUGGAGAGACUGGAGAGGCUGAGGGGCAGCACAUGA